CAGAUGUGUGUGAUCAAAAUGAUCAAUCGACCGGAUCAACCGUUAUAUCAUUUGGAACAUUUUAUUGAAGGCACCUAUCGCAAAUACAAUUCGAAUUCUGGUUUCGUCGACGAUGUGGCUCGAAAUACUCCCCAGGCUUUCAGUCAUUUCACUUUCGAACAGAGUGGACAUCGUCUCAUUGUUGUGGACAUUCAGGGUGUGGGCGAUCUGUGGACCGAUCCGCAAAUUCACACGUACGAUGGGAAAAUGUACGGGGAUGGGAAUUUGGGUAUUCGCGGGAUGGCUUUGUUCUUUCACACGCAUCGUUGCAAUCCGUUGUGUCAGGCGUUGGACUUGGACCCGUUCGAUUUGUGUCCGGGUGAACAACAAGCUUCCGCUCUGGUUCAUCACAUUUCCCCGGCUCCGGUGAAUGAAGUGGAAAAGAAUUUGAAAUCGGAGGAUAUUGAAUCCUCUCGGUGUCGGAUUUUAACGAACGGAGGGAGUACUGAUGGCUCAAUGGGAUCAAUCGAUGUAAGUCACGAUUGGUUUCCUGUAUCUUUUGAUCACGACCUUGUACAAUUCAAUGUUCAAUCGUCUUUCAUGACCGCGCUGUUGUCCAUGGUGAACGAACUGGACCUAUUUCGAGGGAGGGAGAAAAAUGUAAACCUCUGUGAUCAACACACAGAGUACACAAUUGAAUUAUGCAUACAAACUGUUUUAAACAUUCUGACCCGAGAUGAAACUACAACAAGAACGUCACUACUGUCGGUUCGCUGCCAUAUCCUGCAAUGUCUCCAACAUACCGGCGCGAGACACCUACUCUACCUAAUGGCUCUGUGCAUUUCUUCAUGCCUUGUCUCCACGUCAUCUCCACGCGGUUUCCUCCAGCCCGAACUAGCUACCGUGAGUAAACCGCAGUGCGGCAGACGAUGGCUGGGCGUACGCAAUACGUGCCCUAGCCAGCGAAGUCUAGUAAUCUAA